UGCAAAAUUGAAGGAAAAUUUAGUGAUAAUGGAAUGUAUAUUGGGCUUAAAAUGGAUAGUGCUGAUCAUAAAUAUAUUAGAUUUGGUGCAAAUAUUGCUUCAAUUAUUAAUAAAGAUGAUAAAAAAUUUAAAGUUCCAUUUUUUGCUUGGAAAGAUAACGAUGUUUUUGGUUGCGGAUUAGUUUAUCCGCCUGUUGGUGUUCCCUAUGUUUUCUUUACUCAAAAUGGGAAACAAAUUGGUAAAGCUGUUAUGUUAAAGGACAAUAAUGGAUCACUCAAGCCAUAUAUUUUAUUGAAUUGUUGUUUUGUGGAAACAAAUUUUGGAAAUAAUUUGGAGAAUAAACCUUUUAUUUAUGAUUUUUCAAAACAUUUAGUUCCCAAAUUUUAUUGA